AUGACAGUCCUGGGCUGUAUCGAAACCCGCGCCGCCAGGGACGGUCAGCCCAAGACGGUAGGGGCCGGGCCCACCAGCGAGUCUAUACCAAUCCGCCAAGAAGGUACAGUGUCGAAUAAACCGGAUCCGACGAUGAACGACUCGCCGUACCAACUCCGAUCCACCAAUGCAGUACUAGUGCCCAGAACGGUCGAUGUGGUCCCCAGGGUUCCGCAACUUGCUGCUCGCCACAAUCAACUUCGGCGAGAUCAAAAUUGGACAUUGGGCUCAGCGUCGUUAUUCACAGCCUAUUGCUCCUCAAUUCAACCAUCUGCGAGCCAGUCAGCCCAACCUCCCAUCUUUUUGUUCUUUUCCCCCAUGAAGUUCGGAAAGUCCAGUCAACGCGCUGCGUUUGACGAGACAACGGAGACUGUCGUGCCUGAGAAACCUGUAGAUAUUGUACCAACCAUGGUUGUAACGAAAGACGAGCAGAGGUCGCCAGCUUUCGUCGAAGGAGAUGGACAGCGCCCAUACGUUCUGACCAGGGCGAAUCCCAUUCCAGUGGCGGCUGACUCUACUUCUACCCUAGCGCUUCCCAGCCCCGGGUUAUGGAGCUUCCACCAGCAAUCCGACUCGAGCGCCCAGGAAACGGGCCGUACUGACUCUGGGCAUGGGGAUCAAGUAAAAGUAAAGAAGAAUGAUUACUCAGAGCCUGACGGAAGAGACGAGGCCAUCGUACCUCUCAACUGUGAUGGAAACUAUAUCACGGACAAUGAAUUGCACAGAAUUUUGGUGGAACCCAUCAGACGUACACCAGAAAGCCAGCUCAUAUAUACGGUGGAUCCAUCAAGCCCUCACACUGACCGAAGUGGGAACAUUAGCAAUCGAAGUAUGUAUUCUGGGCUUGCCUCUAUAGAUCUUUGCUUACCUUUUAACAGCUCCAUUCCCGCUUCGUCGCCCAAUCAGUAUGG